GUUUCUCCUUACCGGUAUUUCAGCACCACUGCCGGCUUCAGUUUCUAACGGCAGUAAAAGUCAUACUCCAUUUAUCUGUACUUUUUUUUAAAUAUAUAUAUAUUUCGUUUACAACAUGCCUGGAUAUUCUGAUAGAGACCGCGGCAGAGAUAGAGGCUAUGGUGGUGGAGCUCCCCGCUUUGGUGGAAGCCGUGGUGGAGGUGGUGGUGGAGGGAAGUUUGGCAACCCCGGUGACCGGCUGCGGAAAAAACAUUGGAACCUGGACGAGCUCCCGAAGUUUGAGAAAAACUUUUACCAGCAACAUCCCGACGUGGCACGCAGAUCGCCGCAAGAAGUUGACCAAUACAGAAGAUCCAGAACUAUUACAUAUAAGGGGCGAGACUGUCCAAAUCCCAUCUUAAAGUUUGGUGAAGCAAACUUCCCCUCCUAUGUGAUGGAGGUGAUCGACAAACAGAACUUUACCGAACCAACACCUAUCCAGGCUCAGGGCUGGCCUCUGGCGCUGAGUGGAAAGGACAUGGUUGGCAUUGCACAGACGGGUUCUGGCAAGACUCUCUCUUACUUGCUACCUGCAAUUGUCCAUAUUAACCACCAGCCUUUCUUGGAACGUGGGGAUGGCCCAAUCUGUUUAGUGCUUGCCCCAACUCGUGAGCUGGCACAGCAGGUACAACAGGUGGCUGCAGAAUAUGGCAGAGCUUCUCGCUUAAAGUCCACCUGCAUUUAUGGGGGAGCACCUAAGGGACCGCAGAUCCGUGACCUGGAAAGAGGCGUGGAAAUCUGCAUUGCCACUCCGGGCAGACUCAUCGACUUCCUUGAAGCAGGGAAGACAAACCUACGCAGAUGCACUUACCUUGUACUUGACGAAGCAGACAGGAUGCUGGACAUGGGCUUUGAACCACAGAUCCGUAAAAUUGUCGACCAAAUCAGGCCUGACCGUCAGACUCUGAUGUGGAGUGCAACUUGGCCUAAAGAGGUUCGCCAGCUGGCAGAGGACUUCCUGAAGGAGUAUGUGCAGAUCAACAUCGGGGCGCUGCAGCUCAGUGCCAACCAUAACAUCCUCCAGAUUGUGGAUGUUUGCAAUGAUGGAGAGAAGGAGAACAAGCUCAUCCGUCUUCUGGAGGAAAUCAUGAGUGAGAAAGAGAACAAGACCAUCAUCUUUGUGGAAACAAAGAGACGGUGUGAUGACCUUACUCGGAGAAUGAGAAGGGAUGGGUGGCCAGCUAUGGGAAUCCAUGGUGAUAAAAGCCAACAAGAGAGAGACUGGGUUCUCAAUGAGUUCAAAUUUGGGAAGGCCCCAAUUCUCAUUGCUACAGAUGUGGCAUCCCGAGGUCUAGAUGUUGAAGACGUGAAAUUUGUCAUCAACUUUGACUACCCCAACAACUCUGAGGACUAUAUUCACCGCAUUGGCAGAACAGCUCGUAGCCAAAAGACAGGCACAGCCUACACUUUCUUCACACCCAACAACAUGCGGCAGGCUGGUGACCUCAUCUCUGUCCUUCGUGAGGCCAACCAGGCAAUUAAUCCGAAGCUCCUCCAGAUGGCAGAAGACAGAGGAGGUCGUUCAAGGGGCGGCAGAGGUGGUGACUAUGACCGUCGGGAUAGGUAUUCUGGCAGACGGGAUUUUGGGAGGGACAGGGAUAACAGAGGCUUUGACAAUGGACCAAAUAAGACCUAUGGCACAAAUUCACAGAAUGGAGGCUUUGGAGGGAGUAACGGCAGCACCAAUGGCUAUGGCUACAAUGGUGGACAGUCCAACUUCAACAACCAAACAGGUGUCUUUAAUGGCCAGAACAACUUCCAGCCCCAGUUUGCCCCCAACAAGGCUGUCACACAAAACGGUGCAAGCCACCCCUCGUUCCCCUUCCCCCAGGCACAGGCUCCACAACAGCAUCCUCCACCAUUGGUGCCAUACCCCAUGCCUCCUCAGUUCCCUCAGUAAAUGCACCAUACACUUGAAAGAAGUAAUUUAUUGCUUUUUUUUGUCUUUUUAAGUUCUAUACUCGCUCCAAAUGGUUUUGUAUUUACACAACAGGGUUAAAGCAGCAAAGUAUAAAGCCUUUUUAAGAUCUGCAGUGCAGCAGUAGUGUUGCACACAUUUUUUCCUAUUUAAUUUGUUACAUUCCCUCCCUUUUUUUUUUCUUUUCUUUUUUUUUUUUUGUACUAGGUUAUAUUGUGUAUUAGUUCAUGUGUACCAUUUGAAAGUGAUGUCCUCCGACCUUGGAACUGCACUGCAUGAUCUUUGAAAUAAACCCCUAAAAACAA